AUUUUUUUUUCUUAUAUAUAGUCUUACUUCCUUUUUUUUUUCUUUCCCAUUCGUAUCACUAAAGAAAUAAUAGAAGUUUACUAUAAAAGCCUUGCGCUAUAUUCCUUAAUUCAUCUAUUUGUUGAACUUUUACUUGCAUUUCUUAUUCGCUAGCUUCAAGCGACCAGUCUUUUUUAUAAUAUUGUUGAUUCUUUUCUUUGCCUUGAAAUCACAAAAGUAUUUUCUACAUUACCAAAAACUCGUUCGUCCCAAUUUAAAUAUUUAAGAUGAUGCUAUCAAAACUUGCAGUAUUCGCUUUUAUCGCCCACUCUAUGGCUAUACAAAUCACGGGUCCUUCGAAAUUUGAAAAAUGGGAAACUGGUGAGGAUCACACGAUAACCUGGAAUUAUGUCAAUACAGACAAGAAUGUUGUUGGAAUCUAUUUAAGCAACUAUUUUAGGUAUCCUCCCUUUACAAAGCUCCUUGCGACGGUUUCUGUAUCGGACGGCAGCUAUACAACUGAUACUACAAAUUGGCCAACUGGUGGAGGUUAUAGCAUCAAUGCGGGAAAUCCAAAAUCUCCUGAAGAAAUUUAUGCUCAAUCGGAGGAAUUCACUCUCUUACCACCAAGCGCUUCAAGCAGUAGUUCAUCCUCUAUUAAACAGGUUAAAACUAGCUCCAAAACCAGCAGCUCCUCCACAUCGUCUUCAACCAGCUCAGCACCUAGUAGUUCCUAUAAGACUAGCACUACAACUUUCUCUUCUCAAAACAGCACUCCUAAAACUAAAGCUUCAGACUUUACUGCCACAACUUCUUCUUACUUUAGUUCUUCAUCUUCUUUGAACAGCGCUGCUUAUGUGUCUUCAAAGCCCAUUGCUAGUGCUAACGCCAUUUCGAGCCCGUUUGGAAAUACAAGCAAUUCCACUAACCACCAAAGCAACUCUAGUAGUAUCAGUUCUGCUGGUUCCACUUCACUUGAAUCCGGUGCUUCCUCAAUGCACGAGUUGAUUGGUACAAGCUUAAUUGCUUUAGUCGGAGGAGCAACUUUUUUCAUGAUAUACUAAAAAUAUGUCAUUUGACAACGUUCAAUGAAGGUCUCUAAUUCAUCCUGCGUGCUGAUAUUCUUAUUUAUUGUUCCUGUUCGUUUACACUUUAAUAUCUUAUGUGCUUAUACUCUAAUAACUAUUAUAACGAACUAAACGCAUAAUAAUGAACUACCGGAAAGAAAAAGUAGCAUAUACAUUAAAAAUGAAUGAAGCACGGACAAUUGAACGUUCGAACAACAUUUUCAUAUAUUCAAUCAAUUAUAAUACAAAUCAUAUGAAAAGCUUAGUACGGGAUAAGAUACCAAAAGUCCUGAGGAAAACUUACGCGAAGAGAAAGAUCGUAUCUAAAUUAAGUGCCCCUAACUUACAUAAUAGGAAGGAUAAACCAUUAUGAACUUCAGCGACAAUAUAUCCACAGGUGCAUCGAAAAUAUUAAAGAAAAUAAUGUAAGGCAGUGCAGAGGAAAUGUAGAAAUUAAAAGAUUACAAUGUCAAGAAAGGGAAUUCUAAGGUUAUAACAAGCCAUUGGUCAUCAUGUAAGCAUGAAAGAAAAAAAAACGAAAAGAAAAAUCUCAAAAUGAGUUAUCCAAAAGGCAUCAAAGGUUCAAAACAGUGCAGCUAGAAAGACACGAUUGAACGAAAGGACA